UUACGCAAAACGCCUUACUGAAUGCAAGUUUUGUUGUAAUUGUAAUGUAACGAAACAACGUGAACAAAAAUAAACAUAAACAACUCUUUUAAUGCAAUAUUUCUCAAUACUAUUAAGAUUGCCUUGAUGGACUUUAAAGAAAUGGAGUGGAACAAUUAACGAUUAGUGAGAAACCAUUGACAAUAUCAAAAUGAAGUUGGAAUGGAACACCGCCUUAGCAAUACUUUUUAUAUUGACGGCUAUGGUUUCAUGCAACAGUGAGACGACGUGUAUACCUAAAAAUAACACGUGGGGUGGCAGUUGGAUAAAUAUUGGAAACUGUAGUAAGCUCCAUAACAUGACGAUUAAAAAACUCGAGUGCAACUCAUGUCCACCUUAUACAUGCGAUGAUAGAGACUUGAAGAAUGUCACUCAUAAAAUCAGAAAUUGCACAUGUGUUCCAAACAAAUGCGAAGACGAGGCUGGUGGUUGGAGUCCUUAUCAGGUAACAAUCCUUUGCUCUGUCACCUGCGGGUCCGGGUUCAGUGAAGAGAUGCGUUUUUGUAAUAGUCCACCACCGAGUGGCGAUGCUAUUCCUUGUGAAACAAGUAAAGGGCCCGCCUGGACGCAAACAAUGACGAAGCCGUGUACAAAACCAUUAUGCCCACCAGUGGAUGGACAUUGGAGUAAUUGGACGGUAGGGGAGUGUGUACCACAAUGUGGUAAGGGAUUGCAAUUAAAAACAAGAAAAUGCGACAAUCCAGCUCCUCAACAUAAUGGCACAGAAUGUUUACAAAGAAAUAAUAUGACGGGACUGAAUGAAACUGUUGCAGUGGACUGCUACUCUGGAAAAUGUAUUCUUCAAAUCACUGAGACGUUUAUGACACUUCCAUAUGGUGAAUCUAUUACUGGAAAAAACUAUUCCGUAGAGUAUGCAAUUUUCAAUAAAACAUGGCGCGUUGGUAUGGUGGCUUUCACAGUGAAACCAAUCCAACUUGAAAAAUUUAACAACAUGCAAACUACUGUCGAAAUUUCCGGUGAACGAGGAAUAAACAUAACAUACAACACAUCAGAGCAUGUCCAAUUUCAUUUUUGUAUGAGUUUAGAUGGUAUCACUUCAUUGAGAGUUAACAGAAAUGAACACCAUUUGGGUGGGUACAUGGGAAACACAACUUGUUGUCCCGUAGGUACAGGGCCAGGGGCUGGUUUUUUAUUUCAUGGCGCAGGUCAUGGUGGAACUGGAGGGGGUGCGUGGAAAGAGUAUGGACAGACCUAUAAUGAGGAUGUAUUGCUCGGGGGAAGUACAGGUGCCAGAAUGUUCGAUUCUGAUCCAGGAACUGGAGGUGGUGUGUUGGUGAUAAAAUCAAAAGGAGAAUUAACGUUCGCUGCAGAUUCUGUACUAACAGCAAGCGGUUAUAAUGUUCCAAAAACGCAUAGUUUGUCCUGUUCUGGAGGAAGUAGUGGGGGAUACAUUUAUCUACAUGCUAAAAAGAUUGCUAUAAAGGGAACAAUCAGAGUAAAUGGAGGUUCUGGAGGCUGGUCGCAUAACACCUCCAGUUUUUGUGGUGACGGCGGAUCAGGUGGCAUCAUCAAAAUAAAUGCAUUGUCCUUAUCAAUUGCUAAAUUUGCAGAUUUGUCUGUUGCUGGUGGCAAUGGGUCUAAUCCUGGCAGCGCUGGAAGCAUUAUUACUGGAACUGAAUUUAUGUGGGAUUUGAACAUUAAUACAACUAGCUGUACGUUAGUAAGCUCCACAUUUCAAGAUACAGUCUGCAAAGGACAGCUUCUACCACGUCCUAACAACGUCAAAAUAUGCACUUUCACAUUCAAAAACAGACUUCGCAUAGCUCGAAACACAAAUGUUACCACAACAGGCAUUCACGGGCUCUCCAUAAAAGUUUUACGUGGCGAUUUUGUGUUGGAAUCGAAUCUGGUAAUAGGUUAUAAGCAAGGAUUUCAUUUACAAGGAGAUACAUUUCUUGGUGGCUAUCAUUCUAAAGGAAUUGAUAAAGGUCCUGGUGCUUAUGGCAGAUAUGCAGCACAUGGUAAUACAACUGAUAGUAGGCACUAUGGUGUCGAGCAUUUCAUGUGGAAAGGGGGAAGCACGUGUAUAGAAUACAAUUCAACAACGAGCGUUGGCGGUGGAGUGCUUGAAAUAAAAGUGAGCGAUGGAAAUUUGCAAUUAGGAGCAAGUAUUCACGCUGAUGCUUUCUCAAAACUACGUUCUGGAAAAGAAGUGUGUGGAUCAAGUGGUGGCACAAUAUGGAUUGAAGCUGACUUUAUAAACUUUAUGACCGAAGAUGCUACAAUCACAGCACGUGGAGUCGAAGGAAGUUCAUGGGCUGGUGAUGGAGGAGUGAUAGUCUUAGUAGGGAACAUCACUACCAAUUUUACGAACCUGGAAACAUACCGACAAACUCAUAUUAAUCUGACGGGUGGAAAAUUGGGCAAAGAUGGCUACAUUUAUGACUUUCAAAAUCCAUAUGUCUUACCAACCAAAUUACCAACUACUGGACCAGUGUCAGAAAUCACCAUGUCUACUACCACUGAUAGAAACAAGAAUUCAACUAUAACACCGCCAUCUUAUACAAACUUCUCCAAGACUGUGGUCACCUCUUCUAUUCAACCAACACAAGUAUCUGUUAGAAAAGAGUUUAAGGAUUUGGAGAAAGCAAACAUAACAAAACAAAACUUCAACAAUGUAACAGAGCAGUUGCACAAAGUAAGUAAGACAUUCACCCACACAUCAAAGUUGGAAGAGGACAUCUUGGUAAAAGUAUUCACACAGUUGACUGCGUCGUUUGCAAAAUAUGGAGGACUCACCCAAAUCAAUGAGUUGGUGAUGAUAAGUGAUAUUCUUCUGACACAUCAAAUUGAGCAUUCGGUCAGAAAGGUAGAUGAAAUAGCAGCUGUUUUGUCACUAGCCUUAGAAGAAAUGGGAACUAACAUUGACAGUACAUUACUGAGAAACAAAUCAAUUUCUGUUAAAACGACAAGAACAGAAUUUGAGGUUUCAUUGGUGCAUGCCGAAAACGAAACAAGGAAAGAAUUUCCGCGUAAAUGCCGGCCACGUGAUGCAUGCGAUCAUGUGAUUUUUCCAGAUGAUUUCUUGGAUUCUCUCAACAAUUCAGCAUCCAUUACCACAGUUGGUCUAAAUGUGUCUCAUGUCGGAAACACACAAAAGAAAAAAACCAACAUAACAUCGAAUGUAUUUUCCAUCAAAUUUAAUAUCCCUAUUCCCUCAAAAUUUUCAUCUCCUGUGGUCAUCCAUCAAUUAGUCUAUGAUCAGACGGCAAUAAAAAGAGGAGCAAGUUUAUGGUAUUGGAAAAAAAAUGGCAGCAUGGGAAGCUGGAAAAAUGAUGGUUUGGUGACAAAUAACAAGACAAAUACUUCAAUCAUUACACAUUCUUAUCAUUUGACAAGUUUUGCGCUGUUAGUCCAAAUAAAUGAGUUUGAGAUUCCUGUCAUUCAUCAACGAGUGUUAUCAAUCAUCACUUACAUCGGAUGUGGCUUCUCCUUGUUUGCAUUUCUUCUCACAUUUGGAACGUUGCUGUCCAUACAGACACUUUCUUCUGAUCGAACAAUCAUUCACAUGAACUUAGUGGUUGCACUUGGUAUUGGACAAGUGAUAUUUUUAACUGGUGUUGACAACACAGAGAAUACGCCUGUUUGUCAAAUGGUGGCUGUAAUGCUGCAUUACUUCUUCACGGCAGCAUUUGGAUGGAUGCUAGCAGAAGGGAUACACUUGUAUGCUAAAGUCGUCAACGUAUUCCAAGAUGGUCGAAGUAGAAUGAAGUUUUAUUAUUGUAUUGGCUGGGGAUCUCCUGCAAUAGUUGUAGCGUUGUCAGCGGCUGUAAAAUCUGAUGGUUAUGGAACUAAACACGCUUGUUGGAUUUCUACAGAUGAUGGUUUUAUAUGGGCGUUCAUCACACCUGCUCUUCUCAUCAUUUGUAUCAACCUAAUAGUGAUGUGCGCUGUGUUAAAAGUGUUGAUAUCUUCUGUUGCUGCACCAACUGAACUCUCAAAUAACAAAACCAAAGAGCAAAUCAGAGCUGCGUUGAAAGCAAUGGUAAUAUUAAUGCCGAUAUUGGGAACGACUUGGUUGCUUGGUAUGUUUGCAGUAAACGAAGAAACAAUCGUAUUCCAGUAUAUAUUCGCCAUACUUAAUUCUCUACAAGGCGUGUUUAUAUUCACGUUCUACUGUGUCCUAAACAGAGAAGUUCGAGCAGCGUUGAAACGUUUGCAUGAAAAACAUACUUCCAGCAAAGGUCUGUCCAAAUCCACAGGAGACACAUCUAUCAAUGGAGAUUUAAAAGAACGGGGAGGAAAGAAGGGCAAGAAAACAUCCAUCCAAGAGGCGCAAUCAGAACUCUUCACAAAGGGGGCAGCUGAAGAUCUAAGCAACAGAUAUUCUUUGACACCGUGUUAAACCAACUAUUUUGGUAAAUAUACGAUAUAAUGUAGAAAAACUCUGAAUGUCAAGAAUAAAUAGGUACCUUGAUGUCCUAAUGAAACACCAUAUGGAAGAACAUUCACGUAACACCUCACAAAUAUACUUAUGCCUUAAAAUUACUAGAAUAUUGUGUUCGUAAAUAUCCUUAACUGAGAGCGUGAACAUAAUAACGGCGUUAUUUUAUAAAUUAUUUGUUUUGUUUUCUCAAUCUGAUGGAAAGAAAGAUACAGCUUUUAAAAAAUGCUAUUCCCUUGAAGUUAACGAUUGAUAGUAUUAUCUUUAAAAGUGUUGUUUGGUGUAGGUAUCGGACAUGUCAUGUAAAUAUAUAAUUCUUAACUAUGAUUAGAAAAGAAAUCACAAACAAUCAAAUUGUUUUUUUCAGUGCUUAAAUAUAAAGGUGCUUUUUCAUAAUUCGAUGACAAUGUUCUGCAACCUUCUCCAGUGAUUUUAGACUCUUAACUGAACGGUUGUGCACUUAUUGCAAUCGAGUUGUGCGUCCUAAGAUUUGAAUCCAGUUGUGAGUUUUAAGAUUCAAAUUUAUUCUCCGCAUAAACUUUACGUCACAAAGUGACAUAGUUUAAAACCCAGCGUUUGACAUUGUGGUGAAUUUUGACGACGGCUUGUAAGGGACUGGAA